AUGGAGAGCGGCCCCGAGAGCCUGCUGCCGCUAGAACACGGGGUGGCGGCCGGGCCAGGGCCGGGAACAGGUACUCCCCCAGAAGGACUACAGGAGACCAGGCUUGCCGCUGGAGAUGGUCCUGGAGUACGGGCGGCGGAGAACGGCAGCGGGAAUGGGCAGGGGGCGGCGGCUGCCAGAAGCCCCCCAGACUCGGCUUCUCCCGCAGGCUCUCCUCAGACUCCUGGACUCUGCAGCUCCUUCCCGGGCUUGGACUUGAAGGAGAGCGUUUUGGAGCGUCCUGCUCCCGCGAAGGCGCCUCUGAGAGGGCAGCACAAGGUGACCGCCUCCCCCGAGACAGCCGAGGCCGUUGCGGGCCUUGGUUUGGGUCUGGCCGGAGACUCGGGGCCCCGCCUGGAUCCUGCCGACACCUGCGGAGCAGAACUGGCGACCGCCGGCUCCGAGGAGCCCCGCAGCGCUGGCGGCCUCAGCAGCAGUUGCAGCGACCCGAGCCCUCCUGGGGAAUCGCCAAGCCUGGACUCCCUAGAGUCGUUCUCUAACCUGCAUUCUUUCCCCAGUAGCUCCGAAUUCAAUAGUGAGGAGGGAUUAGAGAACAAGGUUCCCGAGGAGGAGGAGGGCGCGGCAGUAUUGCCUCGGGCUGCCCCUCUGUGCAGAGAGGAGGAGGAGGACACCGCUCAGGUGUUGGCAGCCUCCAAGGAACGCUUCCCGGGACAGUCUGUGUAUCACAUCAAGUGGAUCCAGUGGAAGGAAGAGAACACACCCAUCAUCACCCAGAAUGAGAAUGGACCCUGCCCUUUGCUGGCCAUCCUCAAUGUUUUGCUUCUGGCCUGGAAGGUGAAACUUCCACCAAUGAUGGAAAUCAUAACUGCUGAACAACUGAUGGAAUAUUUAGGAGAUUACAUGCUUGAUUCGAAGCCAAAAGAAAUUUCAGAAAUUCAACGUUUAAAUUAUGAGCAGAAUAUGAGUGAUGCUAUGGCAAUUUUACACAAACUUCAGACAGGCCUGGAUGUAAAUGUCAGAUUCACUGGUGUUCGAGUAUUUGAAUAUACACCGGAAUGCAUAGUGUUUGAUCUUCUUGAUAUUCCCUUGUACCAUGGGUGGUUAGUGGACCCUCAGAUUGAUGACAUUGUAAAAGCUGUUGGUAACUGCAGCUACAACCAACUAGUGGAGAAGAUCAUCUCUUGUAAGCAAUCAGACAAUAGUGAGCUGGUUAGUGAAGGCUUUGUAGCUGAGCAGUUUCUAAAUAAUACAGCCACUCAACUGACAUACCAUGGAUUAUGUGAACUAACUUCAACCGUUCAGGAAGGAGAACUUUGUGUGUUCUUUCGGAAUAAUCAUUUUAGCACCAUGACCAAAUACAAGGGUCAACUGUAUUUGUUGGUAACAGACCAGGGAUUUCUUACUGAAGAAAAAGUUGUUUGGGAAAGCCUGCACAAUGUAGAUGGUGAUGGAAAUUUCUGUGACUCAGAAUUUCAUCUUCGGCCUCCUUCAGAUCCUGAAACUGUAUACAAAGGACAACAAGAUCAAAUAGAUCAGGACUAUCUUAUGGCAUUAUCUCUACAACAAGAACAGCAGAGUCAAGAGAUGAAUUGGGAACAAAUCCCAGAAGGAAUCAGUGAUUUGGAACUAGCAAAGAAACUUCAAGAGGAAGAAGACAGACGGGCUUCUCAGUACUACCAGGAACAAGAACAAGCAGCAGCAGCUGCUGCUGCUGCUACUACUACUGCUAAUACACAGGCCCAGCUGGGCCAGCCGGCACAAGCCUCUCCAUCAAGUGGAAGACAAUCUGGGAAUAGCGAACGGAAACGAAAGGAACCUCGAGAAAAAGAUAAAGAAAAGGAAAAGGAAAAGAAUAGCUGUGUCAUUUUGUAACAAGUACUAGAUUCUGUUGGAAUCACCUAUAUGUGUUGAGAAACAAGACCACAUGAGGAAAGGAAGAAAAACCGAUAAUAGAUAAUACCGUCUGUGCCUGAUUUCCCAUUGGAUUUUGUUCAUGUUUUUCAGGGGAAAGGUUGUUACUUUGUUACAAUCAGACUUCUUGAAGUCACACAAUAUACUCUUUAUGAGCUGGAGUUUCAUGUUACAAGUUGGAAAUGCUGUGUUGUCAUUCAUGAAGAAUACUGCACUUGUAGCCAAAUAAGCAAAUCACAGCGAAUUUUGUGUCAUAGUGACAUUCAUAAUUCAUAUCAGUUAGUAAGCUAUUUCAUCUUCUAACAAUGAAUGGAGGUAUUUGAUUUAGUCUGAUUCCUUCCUGAAAUCUAAGUAUUAGCACAAUAGUUUCUGAAAUUUUUGCAACCUUAAAUUAUGAUCUAAUCCAUGAGAAACCAGGGGUUUAAUAUGGAAUUUAAAAAGAAAAAAAAAUAAAUAACAGGAAUAAAUAAUCCUUAAUUGUAUAUUGAACUAGUUCAGCCCUUGAACAGCUUUACCUUUCUUUAGUAAUGUACAUUUUAGAUAUUAAGAACAAAUAAUGGAGCUUGGAUUUAAUUUAGAUAGAAAAAAAAUAAAGAUUUGUAUUUCUUUUCCAAUAGCAAAAAAAAAAAAAAAAUUAUAUAACACUAAUACUUACAACCUGUCCAAAUCACAUAUUAAUGACUUAAUAGUGUUGUGAAAUUUUGAGGAAUUUUUAAGUCGUUAAGUAGGUAAUCUGGACCAUAGUUACUAUUUAUUAACCAUGUGACAAGUAAGUUUAAGGAGGAAACCACAGUGGAUGCUAGGCCUUGUAAAUAUGAGAGUGUAGGAAAGUAGAUAGUUCAGUGUCUACCUUUUUUUAGAAUUACCUUGAACCUUAAAUUUUAAAUCAUGUUUAUUACUAGAAAAUUAAAUUAUUAAAACCAACAAAAACAGCACAUUUCUAUAAGAAGUAAAAGAUAAUCUCUGAGUCUAAUGAAAAGACAUUGAUAAAAAUCAGAGUAGAUAAGAGUUUAGAGGAAUUUAUGUAAAAGCAAGCAGAUUUUUUAACUUAUGAGAACCAAAUAAACAUAAAACAUAGUGUUUAUAGAAUUCAGAAAAAAAUAUUUAUUUAACUUUAUUAUGAGGCAACACAUAUUUUCCUGUAUUUCUAGAUAUAGUUUGGACAACUAUCCUUAAUAGUCCUUUUUAUAUGCUUUAUAUUUAAAGUUUGUUUUUAGUCAUUUUUGAAAAAAAAAAAAUGCUGCUGCAAGUAGUAUAUAAUUUACAUUCUAAGCCUCAAAAAAUGUGUUAUUUAGGAACAUCAUAACAUGACCUGAGCAUCCACUUGGAGAGUAUUUCUUGUGGUUUGGGGUGACAAAAUUUUGACUACAAAAAAAAGUGAUCUAGAAUUUUUUUUUUUUAAGUUAUAUCAUUAACUUUCUCUGUGAUCCAAAACCAGUUAUAGAAUGACUCUAUAUGUAAAAAGUAAAGUCUUAUUUAUGGAAGGAAUUAUUCUAAGGGGAAAUAAAUCCAGGGCCAAGCAUCUUUUACAUCCUUCUAUUUUGCAUGUCUGUUUGUGUUACAUAAUUUGUUAUUUCUUCAGAUUUCCUAUUCUAGAAUGAUAAAUCAUCAGAGAACCUGUUUGGGGUAUAAAACUUGGAUACAAAAUAUUUGGUGAGUCUCUUGAUUGUAACCCAGAAUAUCUGGACAUUGGUAAAGUAAUCAGAUAUACUAUAGAACUCUCCAUUGGCUUAAACAGGUUGAUCUUAAUCUGAGUUUACUCUUGAUAUCAUUCUGUUGGUUGAAGGAGAAAACUCAAACCUCAAAGUUUGUUCUUCUCAGAAUAAAUAGUAGUGACAGUGCAUUAUAUUUUAAUAAAAAAAAAACUUGAUAAUUUACAAAAGUAUAUUUGAGGCAUAUUUUUCCAUAAUUAUAUACUUAGCUAUUUAUUACCCUUGAAGAAUAUAUGUGUAGAAGUUAUUUUUCUGUUGUUUGUUCCUAUAUUCUUAAUUUGUUCCAAAGAUAAUACUGCCAUUCAGCAUUCCCUCUAGAAGAAAAAAAAAAAAAUCACUCAAAACCAGCAAUGCUGCUAUCAGAUAAGUAGAUGUCAAUGUGUACUUACGAGAAAAAAUUUUUAAAAAUGCAGUGUGUUUGUUAAUUCAGUCUUUUUCUAUGUAAUAUUUACAAAUCAAACUUUAUUACAUUCCUGGAAUUCAGUUUGAUAUACCAAUAGUAAUAAUGAUUAAAUAUUUACUUUGAUUACUGUGAGGGAAAAUUAAAUGUUCAAUUCUAUUAAAACAAACUUGUCAAAGAAACUGCUCUCCUUGCAAAUAUAACCUUAAAGGUUACAAAGAAUCUAGAGCAAUUGUGUCUUUAUUUUCUUUUAUUUUGCUCCAGGUAACAAAUUAUACAUUCAGGCAUUUCAUUGCUGGUUUGCAUUCAGAAGAAUUUGAUGUUAGUAUUUUAAAGCAGUUUUUUUCCACAAUAUUUUUUAAUACUUGAAAUUGUUACAUAUAUACUGCUACCAGAAAUUAGAAUUUAAACCUUUUUGAUUUUAAUAUUUAUAGACUAGAUCAUGGGCACAUUUGAAUCAACCAAAUCACUGUUAGAGCUAGUAAAAGAGGCAGAUGAAUGAAUGGCUGUGGUCACCAUUUUUUCCUCUUGCUUUUGAAAAGAGUAUUCCUUACAUUUUUAUUAACAAUAUGAGCAUUUUCUUGUCAAAUCCCAUUGCAUCAACAAUGCUGUGAUUUACAGUAGUUUACUGAUAUUUACAAGCACUCAUUGCAUGUGCACAUGUAUGUGUAUUUCUGAAGCAAGACAGCUUCUCGGGCUGGGGAUGUGGCUCAAGCCGCAGCGCGCUUGCCUGGCAUGUGUGCGGCCAGGGUUCGAUCCUCAGCACCACAUACAAACAAAGAUGUUGUGUCCGCCGAAAACUAAAAAAAUAAAUAAAUAUUAAAAUUUAAAAAAAAAAAAAAGACAGCUUCUCAAAGCAAUUUGGGAACUUUCCCUCAAAUUUUAAAAUCACCAUUUUAAGAAUAUUUACACACCUGGACUGGGAAUAUGGCUCUACAGACUCUCUAUAGACUGGGAAUAUAAUGUUGGAACAUGCAUGAGGACUGGGGUUCAAUCCCCUGCACUACAACAAAAAAGGAAAAGAAAAAAUAUACACACACGGACAUAGACUGAACAGGAUAGUAUAAAGCAACUAAAAUUGACAUUAGUUAUAUGCCCAUCCAGUGUACUUAGGUAAAGUAACUUACAUGUUUCAAGGUCAAGUUAGUAUUUGAAUGAAGCAGAGAUUUAAAUUUAGGAUUAGCUUUUGGAAUGUAUCUUGUUUUUAUUGUCUUAUAUUUCUUGCACUUAUUUGCUUAUCCCAUAUUAUGUUUUGAUUUCUUCCUCAUACAUCUUGAUCUUGGCUUAACAAAGCAAGUAAAUAUCAGAGAUUAACUGACUGAACUCAACAUUAACUAUUUUGUACUUACACAAAACCUUCUUAGUAUUUUGUUUUCAAUGAAAAACAAACUAAGUUAACUUAAGACAUAAGAAAUCUUGAGAGGAAAGGUUAGAAGGCAAACAUUUAAGGAAAGAAUAGUUGUAGUCCCUACAUUAAUGUUGGCAUAUGCAGCAGAUAGUUGUAAAAUCCUGCUGAAGAAAAAUUAAGGCAAGAAUUUUCAGAAUUGCCCUCAAAACAUCUCAUUUAUUUAAAUUUCCUUUUAAAAAUCAGUUUUGUAGUUUUGCUUAACGUUCUUAUUCAUUGUAUCAGUUAUUUUAAAAUAUGAUGGAAAGCUUAUAGGUUUUACCUAUCACAGUUCUUAGGCAUGCUGGAAACUUACUAAUGUUUAAUAAAAUAAUCUGAAGGCCCUAAAGAGAGUCCAAAAUUUUGUAUUUUAAGGAACUGGAUAUGUAGAAUUCUGGAUCAUUUUGUAUUUAAAAAUCUAACUUUUUGUCUUGCCUUGGGCAAAGUCUCUGUGCCUCAGUUUACUCUUUAAAUAUGUAGAGAAUGUCCUUUCUCACUCUCCUUCUCUCACUUUCUCACUCUCUUCUUUGUGCUUUACACUCCUGAAUAAAGGGCAUAGUAUAAGCACAAAAUAUUACUUAAAUUAUCACAAAUAUUACACAUCUUGGUUCUUGGAUGUGCAGACUUUUUCCAAUGACAAGUCCUUUUUUAAAAAUACUGUCAAAAUUUGUUGAAUUAUCUUGUCUUUGAGUAUCGCAUCAUGUUUUCAAAAUGUAUUUUGCAGUUGCUUUCCUGUUCUGUAGACUAGUGUCAAAAUCAAGAGUAUUUGGGAACUAUAAAAAGCAUUUUAAAACCUAUUUUUUUCCAAUAUUUUUCACAGAUCUAAAUGUUUAGAUUAUCUUUGAUUUUUCCUCUGUGUUAUAAAAUGCUGUCACAUUGCUAAUACAUAUAAAAGUUGUUUGCAUGGGUGAAAUUGAUUUAGAUCUUUCAAAUACUUUCAUUUUAGGGAUAUUGAAGUUACUUGUGUUUUUUUAGUGUAAUAUGUAAUUUGAGAAUGUGCAAUUAAAUUCAUUCUGAAAGUGAAAAUAGUAAAGAAACUCAUUGGAAUUUUAGAGUACUUAGUUUCUCUGAUAGUUCAGUGUCUUUUGUUACUGAUGUUCAACACUUCUAAAACUAUUAGGAAAAUAUUAUGAGGAAUUGAAGUUAUUUUUCUCAGGUAACAGUUUAAAAGAUACUAAAUAUUAAAAUUAAAGGCUUCCUGAACAAAAUAUAUUGCAAAAUAUAAGAUGAAUGUGAGGGCAAAUUCAUGUUGCUAGAACUUAUUUUGAUGAUCUAUGUAAAUUUUAAUUCAUGCAUGUCUCUUAGUCUUAAUGUCUUUGCCAUUAGAAAAUAGAAUUUAAUAAACUGUUAUAUACAUAUAUAUUUUUACAUGAAGGAUUCUAGUUUCUAAUUUCUUCUGAUCUCAAGAAAAUGUUUAAAAAAAAACAAAACGGUAAAAUUUUCAAACUCUUGCCUCAAGUUCAGCUUUGUCCUGUUGUUCUGAGAAAGGAAGAAAUUUAGACUUGUCUAACUAGGAGAUAUUUUUUAGGGCAUGGUACCAUCCCAGGUAGGGUGUUAAAAUACUAUGGCAUAAAUAUAAAAUCCAAGCUUUGAACUACAGUGGAUUUAAACAAUAAAAAAAGAAAAUUCUACAGUAAAUCUUCUACUUCACCUGAUAUUCUAAGAAUUUCUUUAAACCAGUUAAUUCGUCACUGGUAGCUUUACAAACUUUAUACCCAUGAGCACUGUCCUUUCAGAGACAAGGAUGCCUUAUAAAUAAGAGGAGCGCAAAACAAAAUUCUUUGGAAGGUGAUCCUUUGGAUAAAGUAGUUAUUUUACAGUUUUAAAAAGAAAAUCAUGAAACUGAAAUGCCCAUUUAAAUUCACAAAUCAAAACCAAUCCAGUUGUGCAUUGUAGUUGAAGUAACUUACAAAGCAAUUAUAACUAACACAAUGUGUUUUAAGACUGAGAUUGGUAUUUAAUCUUUGAAGAUUGUCUCAAUUUUGUCAAUGUUUUUGUUAUUCUUUUUUACCUAUUGUAUGAAGUAACCAUUUUUCAGACUACAUAGAAUAUCUUAGCUUUGUAGAUUUUUUUUUUUUAAUGGGGAUUUGAAAAGCCUCCAUUGGCUUUUGUUUUGCUGUUUUCCUCAAUAAAAUGACAACUAUUGUCAAAGAUCCACAUAUAACAAGUAAGACAAUACGACAGAAGAUUGGUGUAUGAUUACAUUCAUAGUAGCAAAAUGGAUUAUCUUUGCCUAUUAAACUUUAGAGGUACUCCAAAAGUCAUUUCCUAAUGCUAGCUCAUGUGAAUCUUUUUUCUUGAAUUGUGCAGAAUAAUUGAAUUGAAAAAUAUUUAAGGGAAUAGCAAGUGAAAUGGAGUAAUGACUGAAGAAAAGUUGUAAUCUUGAAAUAUAGCAAAAAAGAGAAACAAGUUUUCUUCUUCCACUUUAGUGUUGGACUAAUUGGGUCAAAAAUUUGUUAUGAAGGCCUAAGGGUAUGGCACAUGGUAGAGCACUUACCUACCAUGCACAAGGUCCUGGGUACAAUCUCCAGUACCUCCACCAAAAAAAAAAAAAUUACCAUGAGGAGGAGCUGGUAGUAGAUCAGUGGUAGAGCACUUGCCUACCAUGCACAAGGCCCUGGGUUCAUCCCUAGUAUCCCCAGUACCACACACACACACAAAUAUAUAUAUAUAUAAUUUGCUUUGACAUACAGAUUUUCUUUGUGCCAGGCUAAAAUUGGCCAGUUGAAAAAGAGUUCCUUCUCAAAGAGUUUAAAUAUACAUAUUAUGUUUGAGUGCCUUUUUUCCUCCUCCUUUCCCUUUCUAUCUUAACACUUUUUCUGCUUCUGAAAUAAUUCAUCUAAGCCUGGCCCAGGGCACACACGUAUAAUCCCAGCUAAUCUGGAGGCUGAGGUAGGAGAAUCACAAAUUAAAGGCCUGUAUGGCAAUUAGCAAGACCUUGACUCAAAAAAAGGGAUGGGGAUGUAGCUCAGUGGUAGAACAUCCCUGGAUCCAAUUUCCAGCACCAAUAAAUAAGUAAAUUUGUUUUGCUUUAAUUCCAAUUCAAUAAUAAUAAUAACCCUAGAAAUUAAUAGGAAAGAGCAUCAAAAUACAUUGUUUGAAUAAGGACACCUAAAUGCAUUUACCCAGCUUAGUGUUGAACUGAUUUCUAUGAAAUAAAUGUAUUGUUUUCAAUGCUAAUUAUGCUAAAACUAUUUAACUAUGUUUUAACAAGUUUCAAAACUUCCAUUUUUAGAUGAUACUCCUAAAAAAGGCAUAUUGUUUAGGUGGGAAAGUAUAAAAUAUUUAUGACAGAAUUAUUCAGUAUUAUUCAACAUUUAAUUUCAUGUCUGUUGUUGUACCACAAGUGUAGUGUUGUUGUUGGAUUAAAAUGUUGGGUGUUUUUGUUAUUAUGCUUAAAACUGUAACCAGUGAAUAACACCUGUAGUAUUUUUUAUUAUAGAUUAUAUUUUAUUUCAAUAAACUUUGAUAUUUAGACCAAA